AUGCGUAACACGCCAUCUUUCUCCUACACAUGGAUGGAAAAACAAAUGACAGAGCAGUUUCCGGAGGUUUACCAAGACGGACUCGGACUAUGCACCCGUGCGCAGGCCUCAAUGCAACUUCGACCUGACACUCAACCAGAAUUCCGCCACACGCAGGACUUUGUUGAAGAGGAUGGGUUAUCACGACUUCCACAACACCAGACGUCUACUCCAGAAGACAUGGUGAUUGCAGCUAUCACCUCCGACACAGACACACGUCGGGCACUGAACGACGCCAUCAGGGGAACCCCCGUUACUGCCGAGGACAUCUAG